AUGCCACUUCAACUCCACCCCAUGACCACGGAAGACGCUCUGUCCUGGACACGGGUUCGCGCACUCGCCUACUACGGUCCUACACACGACGUUCUACACAACGGACCUAUCAGCGAAUCCUCAAUACGCGGUGUAGCCGAAGACCGCAAACGCGAGCUCAGAAAACCAAACUCAUGGCACUGGAAAGUGGUAGACACGGAUCUAGAGCCUAGCUCGGAUGACCCAUCUAAUAACGGCGGGCGCACAAUCGCUGUGUCAGUAUGGAGUAUGCAUAACACGCAAGCAGGAAAAGGGGAGAGUGGAAACAACGAAACUCCCUCCAUCCCCGCAGAGAAGGCAGAUGACACUCCUGGUUUCCUACCACCGGAAUUGCGCCUCGAACCUCUUGGCUCGUUGUUGGGUCCUCUAAGGGCCGCUCAAGCUUCCAUCAUGGGCACAUCGACACCGUACUUUAUGCUGAACCAGCUCGCGACGCAUCCGGAUCAUCAAGGUCGUGGAGCGGCGAAGAUGAUGCUGGAUUGGGGGAUGCAGAAAGCAGAUGAGGAGGAGCUGGCUACGUAUUUGGAUUCGACGGUCACUGGAAGGCCUGUAUAUGAAAGGAGGGGAUUUGCGCUGGUGAAAGCUCUUGAGUGGGAUCGAGUGCCUUGGGGAGGGGAGGGGAAGGACUGGCAUGGAUGUAUGGUUCGGCCAGCAAAGAGAGUAGAGAAGUAG